ACAGGAACUGUGAGGGCACCAUACGAGCUGUAAAAGCGCUCCUCACGUGGACUGUCAGACGUCACCUCCCCUUCACGUGGCGCGGCACGGGAUUGGCCAAAUGGUGGAGGUUGCGUCACCGGCGUGCUGCCAGCUCUGCCGCGGCCUCAUGAAUAUUUACAGUGAGUGGGCGGGACCAAACAAAUGAACAUCAUGGAUGCUUUCAGUACAUGACCACACUGGCUCUGAACGGGACUCUGGCUUGACCAACAGCUCCAUCAUGCUUCAGCCCAGUUUUUGUCCUAUUUUUAUCUCCUGAGGACUUUUAUUACUUCCGUAACAGAAAUUCGGACUGCAACAUGUAUGAGUAAAAGUCAUCAAGGGGGAGCGCCAGCUUUCCUGACAGUAGAGAUGCCAUGUUUUCCUGGUGCCAAAAGUAAAGUGCUCCUCCUCUUCACCAGAUAAUAAACAGGCAGGUGUGGAAUGCCUAAGGAACAGGGGCAUUUUGGAGAGCGGGCCGCCCGUAGCACGUCAAAGAAUGCCAAGGACAAGAGCAACAGUGCGACACUGCGGGCAUCCCAAAGUGGCACCCACAGGGAACAGACCGGGAUGGCCGACCUGACCAGCCGUAUGCUGCGCUGUGACUCAGAGAAGGACUCAGAAAAGGACUCGGGAUACUCAGAGGCAGGCUCGGACUCGGUGAAUACAGAUGUGGACGACCAGCGCAGCAAUGCCAGUGUGAACACCACCCCCCACAACAUGCCUCUGUAUAAGGACCUGACCCCUCUUUAUGUCAUCAAAAACGUGAUGGUCAAGCCGUCCAGACCAGACCAGCUCCUGCACAGCCCCCUGGCCUGGGGUGGAGCCUGGCACAGCCUCACUGCAGGCAAAGCACCCACCCAACUUCUUCUAAUCCAACAACCAACCAUAACUGCCCCCACAACUACCCCCAUCGCCCCACCACAAAACCAUGUCAAGAAGGGCACCGGCCGCAGCAACCAAGCACAUAAGAAUGCCUAUUUACCAAUUCUGAAUUCAUACCCUCGCAUUGCACCUCACCCCAGAAAGGAGAGCCACGAAAGCAAGGGGGGUAUGCGAGCUAGCGGGGGAAAAGAAAGUGGAACCGAAGGCCAAAGUCAAAGCAAAAGAGUAUGCACUGAAGGAGAGGCUGUUUCAACCACUACUCAUCUCCUCAAACCACACCAACAACAGAAAGACGCCAGGGUUCACUCUUACUCGCAACAUAAAAGCCGAUCUAGUCACCACUCCGCCACCAGCCAGGCACAUUCAACAACCCAAACAAAAAACCAUCACUCCCAGCAAAGCUCCAGCUCAGAUGGCAUCAGUUCCCCAUCUGUCUCUAGUUCGCAAACUCCCUCUCCCCCAUGCUCCUCUGACUCUCCAUCAUCCUCUUCCUCUCCUCCAUCUUCUUCACCAUCAUCAUCAUCCACACCCAGCCCCUAUCGCCCGACACCGGAUAGCACUUCAAUGAGGCAGCGUCGAUUUCUCAACACCGCUGAGAUACUAAACCAGUCGGGUUUGCUUGCCAUAACACUCCGCACCAAGGAGCUACUGAAACAGAACGCGGCUACAGAGAGGGAGAUCGCCCAGCUACGCCAGCACACGGAAUACUUAUGCCAAGCUGCGCAGGCUAGUCAAACUGGAUCUAACGAAAGUGUGCAAAGUCUAGAGAAGUUAGCCCAAGCCAUGAGCGACUCGGGAUCGUAUCCAGAGAUGGAUUUGAACCAGCUGAAAGCACUUACCAACCAACCAAGCAAAAACAAAGAUGAAAAGGGGGAUAAGAGCAAAACAAAUCCAACCACUAACGGGAUGCCAACUGUAAUAUCUGUGCACAACAUUGAUGACGGGACAUCUCCGCCCUCUCCCCUCUUCGCUCCUUCACCAGAAGCAGAAGAACUAGAGCACGGCAACGCAGUUCUGGACCCCCUGCCCUCCUCCCUGCAGUGUGUAGACUCAGAGCAGCCCCAUAGAUCGGUCGUUACUGACAAAGACUUGAGUGAUCUUACAAUGUUGCCAGAAAGUUCAACUAACAAUGAUUAUCUUCUCUAGUUUGGCUUCAAAAGUCAAAAAAUGCAGCUAUUAAGGCAAGACAUUACUAGAAAUGCCCACUUUUUUUGCUCUUUGGUCAGUUUGCUCUCUUUAUAUAUAAGCCAUCAUCUAAGAAAAACUACAUUGUCCAAGACAUUUUAUUGUUAAAAAGAAUAAACUUCCAUAGAUUUAUAUGCAACCUCGUAACCUCAAAGGUCGAACAAAAUGCUUUUUUCUCCCGUAGGUACAUAAAGAUAUUCCCUUUAAGAUUUUGACUGAUUGUAAAAAAGGCUUUGUUGAUAUCUAUUUCUAAGUGUGAUUUAUAAAUUAUAUUGAAAACUCCAGAAAAUUUGUCAAAAUUUGAAUUUUAUGCCAUUUUUAUGCCAUUUUUCACUCAGAUCUAGUUUACCCAAAUACUAAAUAAUUGCCACUGAAAAUGUCUGUGUACCUGUAUUGUCAACGCAUAAAAUGCCUUAUUUAUGAAUGGAAAUUUAAAAAAUAUGUAAAUGCAUUAAUCGUGAUAAAAUAUGAUUGGAGGAUUAUCAUGAUCAUUAUAAUAUAUUUUCCUACUUUGAUAUGGCAUAAAAUGUCUUUGGCUUGUAUCAAGUGUGAGCCCUAUGAGGUGGCCACAGUUUUACCAACAGUUGCUCUCUUAAAUAGAGCUAAUGUAAUAUAGUUGUUUGGUUUGAAGUGGGAGUCCAAAAAUGCAUUAGUCUGAUACAAACAUUGAAGUCAGUGUGCUUACAUAUACAUCUGUCAUUACCUCUUUGAUGGAUAGUAUAUCCACAACAUCCUGCUCGCUUUUACAAGCUGCUUGAGACUCAUUAUGUAGAUAUAUAUUGUUUUUCUUGGCUUGUUUGUAUUCAGAUUAAGUUCCACAAUCUGUAUCACUUUCUCUUGGAAAUAUGAAGUAUGUAUAUACAAGGAUGUAUUAUAUAGUAUAUGAACUUUCUGCUGGACCUACUGUACCGUUUCUGCUUUUUGGAUUUCAUUGGAUUUGGACUCGCACAGAUGGAUUGAUGAUGAUGAUGAUGAUGAUGAUGAUGAUGAAGAAGGAUGUGACCUAUGACCUGUUGUGUCACUGAAUGAAAACCAACGAGAGGUCAGGUGACGUUGCACACUGCUUGUACAUUAUUACUGAAUGAUUUUUUUUACUGAUAAUGCUGAACAUAUUGUACUGUAGUUGAACACAAUGCACAAUGGGACUUUUAGAUUUCUUCAUCGAGUUCCUUUUGAAUGUCUGAAAUGAGCCUGAAGGGGAUGUGGGAUUUUUGCUUCUUUCUUUUCUCUUUAUAUUGUACCAAUCAUAUACAUUUCAUAUUUUGCUGUAGGGACAAACCUUAUUUUGUGUUUAGAAGCAAUUUAGCUUUUCAAACGCUGCACUGCAGUGUUUAAUUCAGACUAACAAUAAAUCUGCUCUUAACCAA